AUGAUUUCUUUCGUGUUGUGCCUCUUUAUUCACUUCCAAGUGUGUGUUGGCUACAAGUUCCUCAUCUACUCUCCGUUUCUCGGUCAUAGCCACGUCACAUUUCUUGGUCGAAUUGCGGACGUUCUGACGAACGGAGGACAUGAUGUGACUGUAGUGAUGCCGGAAAUUGACACGGGGGAGCUGGAACGCACUGGUGUUCGAGUGACGAAAAAAAUUAUUCGCACACCCGGUGACAUGCGUGCUAGAAAGGUGUUCAAAGAAGGACAAGAAAGAGAAUAUCGCGAUAUUUGGACGUCUUCAACAAACACGUUAACAAUGCUGCAGAUUGCAAAAAGCCGUUCAGACAUACUGUCGUACCAAUGUGAAAUACUCAUUAAUGACGAUGCUCUGCUGGAGCAGCUCCGCGAAGAGAAGUUCGACGCAGCUAUCGCAGAAGUGUACUACAUAUGCGGGCUUGGUCUUUUUGAGGCUCUCAACAUAACAACAACCAUGGCUGUCACAGCGCUCACGCAUCUCGAUUCAUUAUCCUAUACAAUUGGCGAACCUAUUGCGUUGUCUUACGUACCGUGGGACCUGAGCUCAACUAAUGAUAGAAUGACGUUCCUCGAACGCUUUCGCAAUUUAGUUGGGUUCUUAAUCGGGCAGUGUGUCCUAAAUUACAUUUACGAAAGCGAAUUGGUGCAUUUUAGAAAGAAAUUCGGAACAAUGAGAGAUUACAAGGAUUUGAUUGCUCAAACUUCUUUUGUGUUCACCAAUGGUAAUCCGUACGUUGACUUUCCACAUCCUACAAUUCAUAAGACAGUGAUGAUAGGAGGAAUCUCAGUGGAACAAAACGCAUCCAAUUAUGCGGGAAGUUUGGAGAAAUGGGACAAAAUAUUGAAUGUUCGUCAACACAAUGUGCUUGUCUCGUUUGGAUCUAUGGCAAAAUCUGUCGACAUGCCGAUACAAUACAAGUGUAAGGAGAAUGUCGAGAAUUCAAUCAUCGUGGAUAGGCAGAUUCACGUUUUUGGAUUGGAUAUUGGAGAAGAAAUCGAAGGAUAG